AUGAGGGGUUCAGGGGGCAUCGGGGGGUGGGCUGGGCCCCCGGGACCCGCCGGCGGCAGCGCCAACUCCGCUCGCACCUGCGGCUCAAACUUUUGUGAGGCGGCUCCCGAAGCGGCGGGAACCCGGCUGGAGCCGUCCCCCCUCCAGCCCAGCUCGGCCCUCGGCUUCCCGGGGCCCGGGUGGGCGCCAGGAGGCUCCGCGGGAACCGGGCGAGAGCGGGGCGGGGGGCGGCCGCAGUGGAGAGCGCGCGGGCAGCUUGGCGCGGGGGCGACCGGGCCGCGCCGGGGUCACCGGGGGCAAAGGACGGGGGAGGGGGGAAGGGCGCGGGGCCCGGACUGGUCCGAAGGCGGGUGUGUGGUUACAGAAGGGCUGCGCGAAUACUUCGGCCAGUUCGGGGAGGUGAAGGAGUGUCUGGUGAUGCGGGAUCCCCUGACCAAGAGAUCCAGGGGUUUCGGCUUCGUCACUUUCAUGGACCAGGCGGGGGUGGAUAAAGUGCUGGCGCAAUCGCGGCACGAGCUCGACUCCAAAACAAUUGACCCCAAGGUGGCCUUUCCUCGGCGAGCACAGCCUAAGAUGGUGACUCGGACGAAGAAGAUCUUUGUAGGGGGGCUGUCAGUGAACACCACGGUGGAGGACGUGAAGCAAUACUUUGAGCAGUUCGGGAAGGUGGACGAUGCCAUGCUGAUGUUUGACAAAACCACUGAGGGGUUGUGGGAGCCUCUGUUCUUGGGUUGUGGCAAAGUCCCCUGGUGUCUCGUCGGUCCUCCAUGGCAGGCUCUGUUUCAGGUGGACGAUGCCAUGCUGAUGUUUGACAAAACCACCAACCGGCAUCGAGGAAGGACUAACCGCCAGGUCUCAUUGCAGGUGGAAUGUAAGAAAGCUCAGCCAAAGGAGGUGAUGUCGCCCACGGGCUCAGCCCGAGGCAGGUCUCGAGUCAUGCCCUACGGAAUGGACGCCUUCAUGCUCGGUAUUGGCAUGCUGGUGCCCAUGCCUUUCCUUUCAGCCAUCCCUCUCACUGCUUAUGGACCAAUGGCAGCAGCAGCGGCUGCAGCAGCUGUGGUUCGAGGGACAGGCUCUCACCCCUGGACGAUGGCUCCCCCUCCAGGUUCAACUCCCAGCCGCACAGGGGGCUUCCUGGGGACCACCAGCCCUGGCCCCAUGGCUGAGCUCUAUGGGGCGGCCAACCAGGACUCGGGGGUCAGCAGUUACAUCAGUGCCGCCAGCCCCGCCCCCAGCACCGGCUUUGGUCACAGUCUUGGGGGCCCCUUGAUUGCCACAGCCUUCACCAAUGGGUACCACUGAAGCAGGGGACAGGUGGCAGCGUCCCGGCCUGCAGCUGACUGAGGACCACGAGUGAGCCAGCGAGGGGGCGGGGACACCUCAGCCGCAGCCGCCGCCUCCUCCCCCCGCAGCGACUCGGACCGCUACUGCCUGCGCCCCACUCCCGGCCCCAACAUCGUCUGGCUCCCUACUAACCUCCCCCUAUUCUGCCCUUGC